AAAUGAAUUUUGAGGAGCAAGAAGAAGAAAUGGAGAUGUCGGGUGUUCACCCCCCUGGGGGUUACGACUCUAUGAGCGGCGAGGGAGCCACCUCCAGCGGCGGUGGCGGAGGAGGAAGGAGAACUAGCGUUGGAGAGAAGACAAAGUAUAGAGAGUGCUUGAAGAAUCAUGCCGUUAACAUCGCUGGCCACGCCGUUGACGGCUGCUGCGAGUUCAUGCCUUCAGGUGAAGAUGGUUCGCUCGACGCUCUCAAGUGUGCAGCUUGUGGCUGCCACCGCAACUUCCACCGUAAGGAAACCGAAAUGGUCAGCGGCAGGGCCCACAUAGUUCCGACGUACUACAACCGCCCGCCUCAGCUGCCGCCGCCAGGAUACAGGCAACCGGCUGCCUCGGCGGACGAGGAGGAUACAUCUAACCCGAGCAGCAGCGGCGGAACCAAGGCUAAGAGGUUUAGAACGAAGUUCACGGCGGAGCAGAAGGAGAAGAUGUUUGCAUUCGCGGAGAGGUUAGGGUGGCGGAUGCAGAAGCACGAUGACGUGGCGGUAGAGCAGUUCUGCGCGGAGACUGGUGUUAGGAGACAAGUGCUCAAAAUCUGGAUGCAUAACAACAAGAACUCUCUUGGUAAGAAACCCUAAUUAUUCUCCGACAUAUGGUUUAAGCACAAGAGAGAUCAUCAUUGCUUCUUUUCUUUUUGGUAAUGACCCUUUUGUAACUAGCUACUUGUAUCUGGACAUGCUUUCUUCUUUUAGUUAAUAAUUUAAUCUAGUACUUUGGAAGGGUUUAAGACGAUUGUGAUUAACUAUCUCCAACUUUGGUUUGAAUGGUUAAGUUGAUAAA